ACUGGUGGGGUGUAAUUUUAUUAUAAAUAUAUAUACCUUACAAAGCAGUAAUCUAGUAUGAGGGCUAAAAAAUUGGUUAUGGGUUUAUUAUUGGUGUUUUAAUUGGAAAUAGGUGCAGUGUGUGUAUUUACAAAUUGGUGGAGUGUCAGAAGGCAUUUUCAUCAGGCGGGGGGACAUGUUGCAAUCAGCAUGUGGGUGGGUAUGAAUGCCAUGUGGCGAAAUCUGGUUGCAUGAGACUGCAACACGGGGGGCGUGCUGAGUCAGCACGGGGGAGGGACGUGUUACGCGUGGCAAAGGCUGGUUGGUUGGUGAUGCAACAUGGGUGGUGUGUUGAGUGCUUCGCCUGUAUAAGGCAAAGCUUGAUACCAUUUUCAUUGCGAGGAAGAGUGUUCUUUGAGCGUGUUGCUAGUUUAAUAGAGGGUACCGCAAAUUUGGUAGUGUAUCGCAACGUUGAGAUUAUACGAAAUAUUCAUGAGGGAGUGAGGUUUGUGUGUCAGAAUCCGUUUUCAUUUGUGGUUCCAUGCACCAUGACGUUUAUCAAGCUUCAGAACGGUCUCUGUCAAAACAUGAAGAAUGGUAUAUUGAGGAGAGUGAGCAGUAUAUUGCACCGGAAUCCAGUUAUAGUUUUUGGUGGUCUAAUACAGUUUGAUAUCAUGCUGAUCGUUGAUGAAGAGAGUAUGUAGAAUAUGUUCACCAGCAAACUUAGAUGCAACAACCACAGAUUGAGCCAUAUGUUGAGUUUUAAAACGUAGAGGCAGAUGAGAUUCAAAAUAAUUGAUAGAGCUGUAGUGUACAAAGGAAUGAACAGUAACAGCGAAGAGGACUUCGAAGUCACUUAUGAAACUAGCGGCAUAGACGAGGAUGGUGAUGUGGGAGUCGAGGCAGCAACGGAGAAUGUAGUGGUUCAUCCCACAGUUAGUCAACCGAUGAAUGUCCUAUCUUUUAUGCGUAAUUUAGAUCUUGACAUCAUGAGUGCACCGGAAUUUCCGGAAUAUGCAAACAUAGGUGUUGCUGAUCCUGAGGUCGAAGAGUUCAGGAUCGGAAUGGAGUUUAGUUCUAGAAAGUCUGUCAUCGCAGCAAUCAGAAGUUACACUAUUUCUAGAGGAGUCGACUACAAUGUUUAUGAGUCCGAACCACAGACGCUCUAUGCAAAAUGCAAGACGUGUAUGGGCGUGGGUACGACUGGCUUAUCCAAGCCAGUUUGAUAUGGAAAAAAGGUUGUUGGAAAAUAAAGAAAUACAACGGUAGGCAUACGUGCACCAUGAGAACGAUUUCAAAUGAUCAUUCCAUGUUAGACUCGGACACAGUUGCUGAGGCUAUAAGGCCAUUGGUUGAGACUGACCCCGUCCAUCAAAGUCAAAUCUAUAAUUGCGGAAGUCCAGUCAAGGUUCAACUACACCAUCAGUUAUCGAAAGGCUUGGUUGGCAAAGUAGAAGUCCAUAGCCA